UCCCCAGGGUCCUGCCAAAAACAAUGAUGAUGAUCGUCCUUAUCCCAACCCUUUCUGGAUCACGAUCAUCGAUCGGCUCUGCACUCACCGUCAUCUCCACUCCCAUAAUGUCUAACAUCGCAUUUGAAGAUUUACUUCUUUGCUCCACCUCGAAAGAUCGUCAACAGUUCAGCCCUACUCUCCAUUUUUCGCGUGCCCAGGUUUUCUCCAAGAAAGCCAAGAGCCUAGUCGACCUUAUUACACACCAAUACUGGUGGCACCGCCCAGGCCGUGCCUGUAGCACUAGUAACAACUUCAACCCACACGAAAUACACCCGCCUCUUGACGCUUGGAGCAUCGCGAUCACCUCAAGUCCUAGUUACACCACGACGCCAUCCACAAGUGGUGGAGAAACGUGUAAUUUUGGGCUGCUGGAAAACAAGCGCCAGCAAUUUGAAGGAACUUCAUCAGUUCUUUUGCAAAUUUUUUAUCAUCACGACAAGGAAGAAGACAUAUGCAAUGGGCAGGAAGGACAGUUCCUCGUCGGGAGAAGCCAAACGGCGUCGAGCCAUCACCAACGCACAGAGGCGAGCCCUUCGCGUCUGGUUCUACGACCAGUCUCAGGGUCCCAAGACACAGGCCGACGCUUCGGUGUGGUGGCACGAGGCCUAUGGCUACUACCUCAACUCGAGCACCGUCAGCGAGAUCCUCAGCUACAAGUACGACUUUCUCGAAGCGGACCCCUACGCCGCGGGCAUGGGCGGACCUGCUGACGACGACGAGAGGAAGCGGGAACGGUCGGCCAAGUGGGAGGAGCUCGAAGAGGAGCUCAUCAAGUGGAUGCUCUGCUACGAGUCCAUUGCCGGCGAGGGCAGCGUUACCAACAGCAUGCUGUGCCAGCGCGGUGCCGAGCUGUGGUACACCCUCCCCUGCUACCAGGGACUACCGGUACCAAAGUGGAGCGAGGGGUGGAGGACCCGGUUCAAGGCGCGGUAUAAGCUACGCCGGUACAAGAUGCUCACUGAGAUGGCGAAUACAUUUUCGUCCGACGAUUACUCGUCUGGCGCGUCGUCCUCAGCGGGUUCAGCUUAUGGUUCCAUCUCGUAUGGCUAA